AUGAGUAAUCAGAAGAAGAGGAAUUUCCAGACUGAGGCGUUCAAGCAUCGCGUCGUCGUCGAUCCCAAAUACGCUGAUAAAACCUGGCAGAUUCUCGAGCGUGCGAUUCAUCAGAUUUACAAUCAAGAUGCUAGCGGUCUCAGCUUUGAAGAGCUUUACAGAAACGCGUACAACAUGGUUCUGCACAAGUUUGGAGAUAAGCUCUAUACCGGCUUUAUCGCCACCAUGACUGGUCAUCUCAAGGAGAAGUCCAAGCUCAUUGAGGUAGCUCAGGGAGGAUCGUUUCUUGAAGAGCUCAACAAGAAGUGGAACGAACACAACAAGGCGUUGGAAAUGAUAAGGGACGUCCUCAUGUACAUGGAUAGGACUUACGUCGAGAGCGCCAAGAAGCCCCAUGUUCAUCCCAUGGGGCUUAGUUUGUGGAAGGAUAACGUGGUGCGUUCACCUAAGAUAUAUUCGAGGCUUUUAGAGACACUUCUUGAUCUUGUCAAGAAGGAACGCACGGGUGAGGUUAUUGACAGGGGAUUGUUGAGGAAUGUUACGAAGAUGUUUAUGGACUUGGGGAAUCUGUGUAUCAGGCUGAUUUUGAGAAGCCUUUUUUGGAUGCUUCUUCUGUGUUUUACAAGGUUGAGUCUCAGGAGUUUAUUGAGUCUUGUGAUUGUGGGGAUUACUAGAAGAAAGCUGAGAAACGUCUGA